UCUGAUCCGCCGGCUGAGUGGAGGCGAAGGUCUGUUUCUGCGCGGCUAGGUGAAUCCAGCUUCGCCUGGAAUCAGUCGUCAGCCCCAGGUGAGAUGCCUACUCUCGGGAAGGCGGCCGGGGCUCCGCGGUGUCCGGUCUCCCAGCCCAGCGCGGCCCUUGGACGAGCCAGCCGGAACGCUAUGUCCUCGCCGCUGCCGUUCCCUUUUGUGAGUCUCUGGCCCGGUGGUGGCCCGCCGCCCUGCAGCCGUUUUCCCCGCGCCGCGCCCCGGGGCCCAGCCGAGCCUGCCCGGUCCUCUUGUUUCCUUGGCCCGGCCCGGCCUGCCCGGCGCCCGUGCUCCCCUGGAGCUAACUGUGUGCUCUUUAUCCAUUGUUAUCGCCUCUCCUUCGAGGAGCCGAGCUCCGGAACGGAGACCGAGUCUUGAUCAGCUGCGGACGGUGCCCGGCAGUAGGAGCUUUCGGCCUCGGAAGGGCGCCUUGUAGCAGGACUUCAGUCUGACUCCCUGCAGGUGGUGGGUCCCGACUCAAAGAGCAGUUGGCGGUUGUGGCACGACCCACCGGCUCCCGAUGGAGGACAGAGGCCCGCCAGCCGUGGAAGAGGGUCAGAGGAGCCAGAGUGGGGGCCGGCCCUCGCCAGCGCCCACUGAGGGCCCGGCCACGCAGACCUCUCCCCGGCCCAGCAAGUCUGGGUCCUCGGCCCACAGGCACCUGAGCAGAAGGAAUGGGCUCUCAAAGCUCUGCCAGAGCAGGAUGGCACUCUCCGAAGACAGAUGGAGCUCCUACUGCCUCUCAUCACUGGCUGCCCAGAACAUCUGCACAGGGAAAGUGCCCUGUGCUUCCCUGGCCGAGCAGGCCGGCCCGGCCGCGCCCCCUGGCAGCACGUCCUGUUGCUCGCUGCUGCGUGGCUUGUCCUCGGGGUGCUCCACGCCCUUGCUCCCAGCCCCUGCUGGCAACCCCAACAAGGCGGUCUUCACAGUUGACCCCAAGACCUCAGAGAUCCUGGUUGCCAAUGACAAUGCUUGCUGGCUCCUGGGGUACAGCAGCCACGACCUGAUUGGCCAGAAGCUCACACAGUUCUUCCUGAAGCCGGAUUGCGACGUGGUCGAAGCACUCAGUGAGGAGCACGUGGAGGCCGACGGCCAUGCCGCCGUGGUGUUUGGCACAGUGGUGGACAUGGUGGGCCGAGGGGGGGAGCGGAUCCCGGUGUCCGUGUGGAUGAAGAGGGUGAAGCAGGAGCCCCGGCCGUGCUGCGUGGUCGUGCUGGAGCCCGUGGAGAGGGUCUCAGCCUGGGUCUCCUUCCAAAGUGACGGCACCGUCACCUCCUGCGACAGCGUCUUCGCCCAUCUGCACGGCUACGAGUGUGAGGGCGCGGUGGCCGGGCAGCUCAUCACAGACCUCAUCCCCUCCCUGCAGCUCCCCGCACCUGGCCAGGGCCUGCCCCAGAACCUUCAGAUUCAGAGGUCUGUUGGGAGAGCCAAGGAUGGCACCACCUUCCCCCUGAGCUUAAAGCUGAAACCCAGCCCCUGUGCGGAGGAAGCAGGAGCUGGCCAGGCCCCCGAGCCGGGCUACUCGGCGUCUGUCUGGGUGUUUUUCACCAUCAGCGGCCUCAUCACGCUCCUGCCGGACGGGACCAUCUACGGCAUCAACCACAGCUUUGCGCUGAUGCUGUUUGGUUAUGGGCGGACCGAGCUCCUGGGCAAGAACGUCACCUUCCUGAUCCCAGGUUUCUACCACUACAUGGGCCUCGAGUGUGGCAGCCCGUCACCCCCGCCAGACCUGGCCAGCCGCCUGGAUGCGGGCAGCCUGCGUGGGCCCGGGGAGAUGCCUGGGCAGCCCUCGCAGGGCUGGACCACCACCGAUGGGGUUAAUGCCAUGCUCGCUGCUGACCCCCUGCUGACUCCAGACAGGACGUCAGAGCCAGAGGGAAGCCAGGACACCGUCCCGGUAGCGCAGGCCCAAGAGGACACCAGAGGCCAGCUCCCUUCUGCCCUCAGGGCACCGCCCAGUCUGGGGGCAGACAGCACCCCAGAAGGAGACCUGCCAGCCCAGGGACAGUCACCGCCUGAGGGCCCGUGGGACGGCGUCCUGGAGGAGCAGGAGCAGGAGCAGGCAGCACCAAGAAGACACGGUCGGGAGCUUCUGGGGGGAAGCAGGUCUGACUCAGGGGACACAAGACCAUUUGCUUCCCGCGAUGAUUCUGAAGCUCUGACCCCAGCUGAGGGCAGGAGCGGGAGCAAGGUGUGUGGCCUGACCUGGGAAGCGCAGCUGCAGGGCAGGGGUUUGAGCACGGCCAGCCACCCCAGCCAUCAGGCGGACGCAGGGGGGCUGCCGGCAGGGGCGGGCCUCCCACUGCUGCACCCUGGGCAUGGGCCGGGGCACAGCACGCCGCAGGGGCGCCCAGACGCAGCCCCUAGCCUGCCAGAGACAGCAUGGCUCUCGCAGCCGGCUUUGGAGGAGCCGUGGCCGGGGACGCAGGAGGACAGGGAGGAGCUACAGACCUGCUUACUGAAGGAGCAGCUGUCCCAGUUGAGCUUUGGAGGACCUCAGGGUGUUGCCUCUGCUGAGCUGGUCCUGGCCAAGCGCACCCCCUGCUCCACCCCCGUGUCGCCAUGUGACCUGGGAGAUGCAGACCCGCUCAGCCGCCGUGCGGGCAGCUCCUCGGCCUGCUACGCCCUGGCCACCGACCUCCCCGGCGCCUCAGACGCAGCAGUGGCCCUGGAGGCUGAAGGGGACACGUUUUCCUGGGACCACAAGGGGUUGUUUUUCAGCACGUGGACAGACCGAACUUCUUUGGACUGUUCCUGCGCCUCGUCCGAAUGUGUGGGGACAGCUGGCUCUGUGGUGGACGUGAGCGCCGGGCUCAGGCUGAGGGCUGAGGUUCUGGAGGACAGGGAGCUGUCACUGCUAAGUGGCACCUAUUCUGACUUUGGCGAGGGCCGGCGGUUCUGUGAGACCCACGUGGACCUCGAUGGGACAGACCCGUCCGACACCUUGGAGCAAGAUGACGAGAGUGGCAGGGAGAGUCCCGGUGGCACCCCGUCCAGGCUGGGCGCCGUCCCCGUGAACGCACACCAGCCAGAGGAGCCCGGGCUGAGCAUCCAGGUCACCUCCACGCCUGUGAGAGGGGACAGCUCAGGGACGCCCGAGGCCCCCAGCCUGCAGCUGGAGAUCCAGGAGGGCGCCUACACCGGGAGCUGCUGCCACCGAGACGGCUCGCUGCUGAGUGUGCAGUUCGAGGUGAAGCGGGUGGAGCUCCGAGGCCCUGCACCCCUGUUCUGCUGCUGGCUGGUGAAAGACCUGCUGCGUGACCACCAGGCCUCGGCCGCGUGGACCCACCUGCUGCUGGCCAGCCCGCCCGGCGCCGUGCACUCUGUGUGUGAGCGCCCCGGGCCGAGCCCCGGGGAGGUGCUCAGAAGCAGGCCAUGGUUCGAGGAGCCCCCCAGGGCGGGGGAGCUGGAGGGGCUGGCAGCCUGUGAGGGCGCGUACUCCCAGAAGUACAGCACGCUGAGCCCGCUGGGCAGCGGGGCCUUCGGUUUUGUGUGGACUGCGCUGGACAGGGAACAGAAUAAGGAGGUGGUGGUGAAGUUCAUUAAGAAGGAGAAGGUGCUGGAGGACUGCUGGGUCGAGGACGCCGAACUUGGGAAAGUCACCUUGGAGAUCGCGGUCCUGUCCAAGGUGCAGCACCCCAACAUCAUCAAGGUCUUGGACGUGUUCGAGAACCAGGGCUUCUUCCAGCUGGUGAUGGAGAAGCACGGCUCCGGCCUGGACCUCUUCGCCUUCAUCGACCGCCACCCCAGCCUAGAUGAGCCUCUGGCCAGCUAUAUCUUCCGACAGCUGGUGUCAGCGGUGGGGUAUCUGCGCUCCAAGAGCAUCCUGCACCGGGACAUCAAGGACGAGAACGUCGUCAUCGCCGAGGACUUCACCAUCAAGCUCAUAGACUUCGGCUCCGCCGCCUACCUGGAGAGGGGCAAACUGUUCUACACCUUCUGCGGGACGAUUGAGUACUGCGCACCCGAAGUCCUCAUGGGGAAUCCCUACGAGGGGCCGGAGCUGGAGAUGUGGUCGCUGGGAGUCACACUGUACACGCUCAUCUUUGAGGAGAACCCCUUCUGUGAGGUGGAGGAGACCAUGGAGGCCAUGCUCAACCCCCCGUACCUGGUGUCAGAAGAUCUCAUGAAGCUCAUUGCCGGGCUACUGCAGCCUGUCCCUGAGCAGCGUGUCACCUUGGAGAAGCUGGUGACAGACCCCUGGGUGACACAGCCUGUGAAUCUUGCUGACUACACCUGGGAGGAGGUGUGUGGGAUCCACCAGCCAGAAAGCGGAGUUCUGUCCUCUGAGAGUCUGGAGGUGGAGAGCAGGAGCCCCAGCGAAGCUGCUCGGCGUCCGGAGCGUGGGGCCUCGUGCCCCAGGGCACCUUCUUAUGGGCCAUCCACUCAGGGAAAGUAAUUCUCAACACUGGCCCAAUUUCCCUAAAAACUCGUGUGGGUUUGAUAAAGGCCAGAACAAAAGCCAGUGACGCUGUGUCAUUCUAGGGUUACAAAACAGAUGUGGAGUUCAUGUUUUCAUAACCUAGAAAAAACACUGUCGUGUUCAAUUGAAUUUUGAGUCUGUGAACUUCUGAGAGGCUUGGAGGCAUUUUAAAAUUCUUUCCUCUGUAUAUAUGCAUAUGUUUUGUUUUCUCUGACCAGGUGUAUGUUUGCUCUGAUAGGUAAAACCUGUAGAACUAAUGACCAGGGUAUCUCAUUAAUUUAUUUCCUUGAACAUUUUCCAAAUUAAAGCACUUUUGAUGGUAACCAGUCACCCCGAUUUGGACUGUAUGAAACACAGUGCUGGUGUGGGGACCCUGGGGAGAGACUCAGUCUCAGGCGGUGUGGCCCCCCCCGCCGGCC